ACUGUCUGACAGCCGCACGAGCUCUCUUGCUCCACCAGUCUGAAUUCGACUCUAGUGAAAGUCGCCCAGGAUACGCAACACUCGCUCACGCAUCAUGUUCUAGCGCCGCCUCGUGCGCCGACCCAUUGCCAGUGCCGCCAAGCUCGCCAGAGUGUCGCUUGUGCCGCAGAAUGUGACGGUCCGCAGGACUCGCGCGAGGAUCAAAAAGGUGAAAGUGCGUAUCGGACCGUGCGUGAAGCAUGAGUGAGGCGGAUGCCAGUAAUGAUUUGUUGGAGCAAUUGAAGAAGUUCGACGCGAAUGUGCAAGAAAGGGAGACUUUUUGCCAGAAAUUCCGACGAUUCUGGACGGCGGUCAAUGUGAAAAAAACCCUCAGUCAUAUCGGUUUAUUGGUUUCACUGGCAGUUUACUGUGGCGUUGGCGGAAUUGUAUUCCGGGAACUGGAAUUGCCCGCCGAAAGAGCACGUGUUGUGGAGCUGCGUGACAUUGUGCGGGAAAAACGACUGCACUUCCUCACAACAGUGGCCAACAAUACCGAUGUGAGGAACUUGGAGCGACUAAUCUCGGUGGAAUUAGCAAAGUAUGAGGUUUCUGUGCAGGAAGCCGUUCAAGGUGGUCUGGUUAUCUCCGUUGAUGACGAUUUUCCCGCCGACGAGGAGAAAUGGAGCGUAAUGCAAGCGGUCUUUUUCUCCUCCACCGUUCUCACAACAAUCGGAUACGGAAACAUCGUGCCAGUGACAUCAGGAGGCAGAAUCUUCUGCAUGUGCUUCGCACUCAUUGGAAUUCCUCUCACACUCACCGUCAUCGCGGACUGGGGACGACUCUUUGCCACGGCGGUCUCGACUAUUGCUAAAAGUUUACCUCCGCUGCCAAAGCGGUGCAGACGCAAAGCGAAGAAGGACGCCGACUUCUCCAGCAAAAGAUGGCUGUACGCUCUCUCGGCUGUGGGCUUCCUGGCAUUCUAUCUGGCCGUUGGAGCGGCUCUCCUCAUUCAGUGGGAGGAAGAUUGGACGUUCUUUGACGGUUUUUACUUCUGCUUCAUCACAAUGACCACCAUUGGCUUCGGAGACAUUACACCAGAGAAGCCGAACUACAUGCUUCUCUGCACGUUGUACAUUCUUGUCGGCUUGGCUCUGACUUCCACCAUCAUCGAGCUCGUGCGUCGUCAGUACGCCCAGAGUUGGCAGCAACUGCAGGCUCUCUCGGGUCCUUUGGCGGACACCCUGAGAAGGCUGGGCGCCGGCGGAGGAGCCGGCGGAAUCGACGUGUCUGCGCUGCAGAAUGACCUAAAGCGCGUGCUGACGGUAUCAAUGCCAAGAAGGCACGGCUUCAGCGGACCCAGUUCCGAUGGCAAAGACGAUGAGCAGGAAAUGGCAGCUCUCGCCGCGAUCACCAAUGCCAUUCUGCAAGAAGUCAAGGAGGCGGCACAUCAAGCCCACAAGCAGCACCCCAAAGUUGUACAAAUAGUCAUCUACGAGUCAUCUGUCUAAUGAUCCUGCACAUAAUAUCGCGGUAAUAUAUUCAGAGAGAGAGACUGUCUAGUCAGGCUGCAAGAUAUCACUUCUCUAAAUGCACGCACAUUGCAACACGCAAUUUAUGUAACUCGCCGCCGUAUAUCACUUACGCUGUAUUUGAGCAGGGUAUCGCUGAAAAUAAUAAAAUGUUUUAUACUAUCGUAAGAUUACUAUUACGCAUGAUUAGUUAUGGAUAUAUCCUUAUGUUAAGGCUUUAAGGUGCUUUUUGAAGACAUUAAAUUUGAAAGUUUGU